AUGAGGUUCCAAUGCUUUUUCCACCCACAAUUGCGCGCAGCGCUUCCCCGAUCCGUGCAGAGAGAUCUUAGAAGCAGAUUAUUUACUCGGUUCAAGACGACUCAGAACGCAUUUAAAGGAAAUGGAUCAUCUGCCGUGAACUCAAAGGAGAACAGUGGCAGCUUGACAGGCUCCAGUGCUUCCACGAACUCCCCGACGACACACGCAAAGACCACCAUCAGACGAGAACGGAUAUUGAUCUAUCAUGGCGGGACGGGAAAGGUCAUAUUCCUGGGCAUGUUGCGAAUCACGACGAUAUUCCUCUUUGGUGUCUCUUGCCUUGUCGUGGCUCCAGCCUUUUUCUCUGACGACUACCCAUGGUAUAUAGCACCGGCUGUGGUUGUCGGUGGCGCGUUACCGAUGCUCUUCGUUGCGUACACUUCUGCCCCGUUUGUGAACUUUGUACACCUCGCGCUUCCAGUCUUUGCUCGUCGUUCACGGGAGCAGACCCUACAGUAUGCAAAGAAUCUACCUCCGACAGCCACGUUAUAUAUCAAUACUAUGAAGUUUACGACGAUCCCGAGGCAAACUGAGGUGCGAUUGGGAGACCUGGUUCGUGACAAGGCCGUGUUACGGCCAGUAAGCUUCCGAAAUACAAACCCAGCUCCUCUACCUUGGUGGGCAGGUAGGACAUUAAGGCAAUUCUACACGGCUGAAAAGAGUCAACCAGGGAAAGAGUCCUCCACAUUUUAUCCUGAACUGUGGGAACAUGUAUAUAAGCAGAUUCAGACCUCACCACGGCCAAGGCGAGGCUAG